AGUUGAGAUGGUUGAUUGUUAGUAGCCAAUUUUUGGCUCUGCUCUCCCUCCGAGAAAAGCGGACGGAGGACUCGAGUCGAGAUCAAGCAGUGUUUCGAGUCAAACACUUGUUUGAUUCUUUGAGCGCCUGGCGGUUUGAGAUUACGAAAUCCUUGUUUUCUAGAAACCGUCAUGCUCAUUGAGCUCGAAAGGAACUUUAGCCUCGGCCGCUCCUCUUACAGUGAUGGUCAUCAGAGUAGAACAGCCGGUAACAGCCUUGAUCAUCCAUUCUGAAAUUGAACUUUGUAUUUCGUCCAUUGCGUCCUUUAGAUCAAAAUGUUCCUGUGCUAACUAUAAAUUGUAUUGACAGUUCACACUCCUUCAACUACCUCCGCCAUAUUUCCCUUCCUCCUUUAAAACUAUCAUCUUCCUCUCCGGCACUUUAUACGCGAAACUUGUAUAAUAUAGCUAGGGAAGGACAAAAGAAUAUUUACGGAAAAUGCCUGCUGUAGUCCCGAUAGCUCAAGGACGAUCCUCCUCAGCACCAGCGUCUAUAGAAGGUGAUUCUGGCGUUUUGUUACCUGCAAAUAGGUUCUACGACGAGGAGUCCCAGAGGAUAAGUAACUUAAUUGACGAAGAAUUACGGAAAGAGUCUCAGAAACAAAGAGAAGCGCGACGGAAACAGGUCAAAGUAAUGCUUUUGGGCCAAGCGGAGAGUGGCAAGUCUACAUUACAGAAACAGUUUCAAAUUUAUUACGCUUCCCAAUCUCUGGACCGCGAACGACCGUUCUGGAAACCCGUCGUUCACUUCAACAUUAUUAGAGCUGUCAAAACAAUGCUCGAGGAGAUUGACUAUGAACUUUCCCAACCCGAAGGCGAAGAUAGUGGGGUGGAAUCGGAUCCAGAGUACAACGAGCCCGGUCCUUCCUCCGCAGGUCCUUCGUCCUCCUCCCAUAGGCGUCACAACAAGUCUAAACAACCAUCGGCGGCUCCAGAACAUGUCUUCCGACCCUCAGCUAACGAACUCGAAACACUUUCUGUCCUGCGCACAAGGCUGUUGCCUCUCGUUGCGCUGCACGAUUCACUUGCUUCGGAGCUUUCAGGUGGUGUAAGCUUUUCCCGAGGGCUCACUGGUGUCUUCGUCCGGGCUGGAUGGCAGGGACUGUUACAAUCCAAUCCCGGCUCACGGGCUGGGAAAGGAAGCGUUGUCGGUGUGGCAGGACUGGCAGCGAAAGCUCUAGAUAGCUCGCGCGAGGAUAUUCAAGCGCUUUGGGCUCAUAGUUCUGUCAAGGAAUUAAUUCAAGAGAGGAAGUUGAAGCUUGAGGAAAGUGCUCCUUUCUUCCUGGACAAUGUAGCGCGAAUAGCGGAACCCGAUUAUCUACCUAAUCUUGAUGAUGUCCUGAACGUCCGGUUACAGACGCUCGGUGUUAUCGAGCACUCGUUUCCCAUAAAUUUGGGUGGCACGAUGUAUGAUUGGCGGCUAUACGAUGUCGGAGGUGCUCGUGGUCAGCGGCACGCAUGGAUUCCUUACUUCGAAGACGCGACUGCCAUAAUAUUUCUCGCACCAAUAUCAGCCUUCGACCAGUAUCUAGAAGAGGAUCCUCGGACGAAUCGGAUCGACGACUCACUGCAACUUUUCACGACAAUAUGCUCGAACAAGCUGUUGAAGAAGGCACAUUUGGUGCUGAUGCUGAACAAGACGGAUCUGCUGAAAGCUAAACUCAAAGCCGGUAUCCGGGUACAAAAAUAUAUUACUUCAUACGGCUCGCGCCCGAACAAAUACGACGACGUCGCAAGCUACUUCCGAGCACACUUUAUGCAGGUUCACAAGAAGAAGGAUGUGUCGAAUCGGUCUUUAUAUCUGCAUUUUACCUCUAUGCUGGACAUCAAAGCCACACAGAAUAUUAUAGUAAACGUCGGAGAAGCUAUAAUUCGACAACAUAUCGCUCAGACAGGGCUCACGUAGACCUAUGUGGUCAUGGCCGCUCUUUACGGGGCAGAUGUUGUGUGCAGGGAGACUAGGGCAAAGGAGUGAGAGAGAAGAAAGUCUGAACGGA